UCCAUUUUGUUGAUAUCGUGAGCGUGUCGUUUUGCAAUAUUAAAGAUUUUAGAAACUUGAUUAAAGUAAUAAAUGUUCAUGUAAUAGUUAAAACGUGUGUAUCGCUAUUUAUGGUAAUAAUUAAAAGGUGAAAUAUCGGCGCUUAAAGCGUUUCCUCUACAUUCUUAAUAAAUCUUUCGUGUAUAAGUUUUCAACAUUAGUAAUAAAAUGAGUUCAAGACACCGGGACCGAAGUCGGUCUCGGGAUCGGGAACGCCAUAAGGAACGUGACAAGACCAGGGAUCGAGACCGGGAUCGGGAGCGUGACCGCGAUCGUGACAAGGAUCGCGAACGUGACAGGGACCGCAACCGGGACCGCGACAGAGACAGGGAUAGGGAGCGACAUAGAUCGAAAAGGGACAAAGAGAGAGAGCGGAGUCGCAGCAGGGAGAGGCAUAAGGAAAAACGACGCAGUCGCUCACGGUCCAGAAGUCGCAGCCGCGGCAGGAAGUCUAAAGACAGUGUUUUGUCCAGGGAUGGCACCAUAGCUCUGUUAGACCAAAUGGUGGGCACAACCACAAAGGCGACCUCUCGGCAGGUGACCACAAACGGGUCCAUCAAUCCCGCCACACAGGCUGCCAUACUUGCAGCUGCUGCUGUCGCACAGACGUUUGUGGCGCAGCGGCGCAUGGCGGCGCCGGUGCAGCCCGCCGCCGCCGCCGCGGCCGCGCUCUCCGCCGCCUCCGCCAUCCCGCCGCCCACCUCGGUGCAGCAGAAGCUGGAGCAGCUGCAGGCGCGCUCCGAGUCCCGUGACUCCCGCUACCGCAGCGAGAAGCGCGACGACUACCACCCCGACGACGACAAGGAUGACGGACAGGGACCGCCCGGCGAGACGGCGGCGGAGCGGCGCGCGCGGCGGCGGCGCACGCGCUGGAUGGGCUCCGAGCACGACAAGACGUUCAUCCCCGGCCUGCCCACCGUGCUGCCCUCCACGCUCACACGCGAACAGGAGGAGCAGUAUCUACUGCAGCUGCAGAUCGAGGAGGUCUCCCGCAAGCUGCGCUCCGGCGACCUCGGCAUCCCCGCCAACGUGGAAGAGAGGUCGCCGUCGCCGGAGCCGAUCUACUCGACGGACGGCAAGCGGCUGAACACGCGCGAGUACCGCACGCGCCGCAAGCUGGAGGAGGAGCGCCACCGCCUGGUGCAGCGCAUGCACCAGAUCAACCCCGAGUUCAAGCCGCCCCCGGACUACAAGCCGCCCAUCAUCCGCGUGCACGACAAGGUGAUGAUCCCGCAAGAGGAGCACCCCGACAUCAACUUCGUCGGCCUGCUCAUAGGACCGCGCGGGAACACUCUUAAAGCUAUGGAAAAGGAGACGGGCGCCAAGAUAAUAAUCCGUGGCAAGGGUUCGGUGAAGGAGGGUAAGGUGGGUCGCAAGGACGGGCAGCCGCUGCCCGGCGAGGACGAGCCGCUGCACGCCUACAUCACCGCCACCAACGCAGACUGCGUCAAGAAGGCCGUAGAGAAGAUCAAGGAGGUGAUCCGCCAGGGUGUGGAGGUGCCGGAGGGGCAGAACGACCUGCGGCGCAUGCAGCUGCGCGAGCUGGCGCAGCUGAACGGCACGCUGCGGGAGAACGACGGCCCGCGCUGCGCCAACUGCACCGCCACCGACCACAAGACCUGGAUGUGUCCGGACAAGCCCAACGUGACCAACAGCAUCGUGUGCUCGUCGUGCGGCGGCGCGGGGCACAUCGCGCGCGACUGCCGCGCCAAGCGCCCCGGCCAGGGCCAGCUGCUGCACCACGCCAACAAGGCUAAGAUCGACGAGGAGUACAUGUCGCUGAUGGCGGAGCUGGGCGAGGCGCCGCCGGGGGCCGGGGGCGGCGCGCUGGGCGGCGGGCUGGGCGGCCCGCGCCGCGCCGGCCUCGGCCUCUUCCAGAACUCGCAGGCGCCGCGCGCCAUCAUGCCCGCCAACCUGCCGGCCUCCCUGCCCCCGCCCCCCGGCGCCUUCCCGCCGCCGCCUCCGCCGCACGUGCAGGCCGGCCAGCCCGCGCCGUGGCUCGCGGGCGUGGCCAACAACCAGCCGCCGCCGCCCGGCAGCGCGCCGCUGCCCGCCUUCCCGCCGCCGCCGCCGCCCUCGCCGCGACACCCGCACCCGCUGCACCAGGGCGACAACCAGAUGGGCGGGCCCAACAUGCCGGGCGGGCCGCACAUGCCGCCGCCGCCAGGCAUGAUGGGCAUGGCGUGGCGCGGACCAUUCGGGCCGCCCUGGGCGCCCCCGCCGCCCGCCUUCCUGGCGCCGCCGCCGCCGCCCCCGCCCGCCUCCUCCUGCUAGCACCGCCCUCACCCCAGCGACACGCCCCCUCUUAUCCCUUUUGUCCCCCUCCUCGCCGGUACAGGACCACUCUUAUGGCUUAAUACAAGACUGGUGCAAAUGGAAAGUGUAGACAGAAUGUUUAGAUAGCGGGCUGGUAGCUGUCGAUGCCAACAUUGCUCUUAUAAUAAGAAGAAAGGAAGUAUAUUAAAAAUAACAUUCACAUCAAAACAAUAUUUAAUUAAGUAAAAUGUGGAAUCUUUGGAGUUUGUUAUGUGUGCUGGAGCUAAGCGCCUGCUUUUUUAUAUGAACUUUUUUAUAAUGCCCAUUUAGACGAUGAUUAUUAAUAGGAAAAUGGAAAAGAAAAUUUGGACCUUCAUUUAUUGGAAAUAAAAAAGACUUUUCAGUAUGAAAAAUAAUUUAAUAAAUAAACCACACCACAUCUUUUGUAAUUUCGAUAUUAAACUUACAAUUGCCAUGUUGUCAGAAAAAUAAUUGCACUCGGUAAUGUUUAGUUAUGUGAUAGUUAUUAGUGUAUCUUUAGGAUAUUGGAUUUAAGUAAUAUAUGUCUUUAUGUGAAUAAAAUCCUACCAAUUUGGUAGCUUAUGAACUACAUUUAUGUACGGUCAGUAAUAGGUUAAUGGACUAUAAUAAAAUGACCAUAGAAUUGUUAAAUAAAAAAAAAUUCGUCGAAAAGAUAAAUUAAUAAGAGAACAGAAUUUAUUAUUUCAGUGACAAAAAUACCUUUUAUUAUGACUGAAUCAGAAUAUUUUAAAUGUUGAUUAGGGAAAUCUAAAUAGUAACUUAUUUUAAUGACGUCUUCAUUUGCACAAUUUCAGUUUAAAUAUAAUCUAUGUGUUAUUGUGAAUUGGGUGUGUUGCCCUCUACUGUGUAUUUUGUGGACUUUAUGUCCCCAUGUGCAUAAAUAAUACAUGUAAUAUUUGUUUUAAUAUAUGUUUUAAAAAUUC